AUGUGCGACGGUAAUCUUCUGUGGAUGUUCACGCGUGCCCAGCGCAUGUGCGACGUUGUCCAGCAGAACCCCUCUUCUUCUUGGUUCUUUCCGAUCGCUCGCACGAUGGAAGGCUCUGAUGCGGAUCUGUGGAAGGACGGACUGUUCCGGGCAAAGACGAGCCGUUACCUGUGCUACACGCGCCUCCGCCCUCACAACAAUGGUUACCCAAGUAACGUGCUGGCCGAUCUGAAGCUCCUCGGAGAGAAGGAGACGCUGCCCCAAGGAUUCUUUGCCUUGUCCGAGACGCUGGAUACAAAUGAGCCGGCGCUGAAGAAGAAGCGACUGUGCGUCCAGCUCAUCCCUCGCGAGUCCACGGAGGCGGCCAUCACGGACAUCAUCGUUAGCGGCAAGCCCAAGCAGAUCCCGUCACAGUACACCUUCAUCGGGGAGACCAACGGAAUGCGGAUCUGGUACCGCAUGGGCCGGGUUCCCAAGGUCGUCCCGGCUCCCGCGAGGAAGGAGGCGGCCAUGGGGACGACGAUCGACGGCGCAGCGGCGACGGCAUCGGCGGCACUCCAACAGCAGUCGACACCUCACCCCAACCUGCCACAUCAAAAGUCUCUGACCCUGCCGUCGAGUUUCAAGAAGGGUCUCCCCCUGUCCAUGGGGCACACUCAGCGCAACGGUGCGGACAACAUCUACGGCAUAACCGCGAUAGACGGGGUCCCGUUUGUCCUGAGCGAGAAGUACGACACAGCCUCCAGAAACGCUCACGGGAUGGACAUAUCGUCCAUCAUCAUAAAGUCCAUCAUCGACAUCGAGAAUGAAUACGAGUACAGCUUCGUGACGGAACGGAACGCGGUUUCCCAGUCGCCUGCAGCCUGCAGCUGAGGGUCACCCACGACUCCCGCCGACGGCACGCGGCCUCCGACCAAACCCGCCGGCGAAGCCUCGUCGCAGCAGAAGGAAGUCGCCCGCCUCGUCAUCCCAGGCGCAGCGACGUUUCCACUCCCCCGUCGUUCCUUUCGCCCGAUU